AUUAUGGAAAACAAGCUGUGCUUCCCUACCAACCAAAUACCCCUCCCCUUAACUCAGACCACAGACGGGAGCAUCUGUGGAAUAAAAAAAAAUCGAUUUCUAUCAGAGAUUCACCCGGUCAGACCGGAACCCCCGAAAAGAAUAUAAUGACCGA